AUGAGUGAGCACGAUGGGAGGCUUCGAAGAUCGAAAUACUCGAUGACACCUAGGCCAAGUAUUACACGAAAGAGCAUAAUCGAUGUAGCUCUUAGUCAAGGAUUCCAGGUUGAGGAACGACUGGUGUCCGUGGAUGAAUUGCUUGAUGCUGAUGAAGCUUUUUGUACGGGAACAGCAGUGGUUGUAUCUCCUGUGGGUAGCAUUACUCAUCAAGGGAAAAGGGUAACAUAUGGAAAUAACAGGGUUGAUCUUGUGUCGCAGCAAUUAUACUCUACACUUACUAGUCUACAAAUGGGACUCGCAGAGGAUAAGAUGGGUUGGAUUGUCAAGCUUAAGUGA